CUUCAAAAAACAUUAGAAAAAAAUGGAAUGGAGGAAGUGUUAUUUGGAUGUAAUAUUGGUGCCAUUAGGGUUUAUAAUAUGCAUGGGAUAUCAUAUUUGGUUAUGGCAUAAGGUUAAAAAUCAACCUCUUACUACAAUUAUUGGUACUAAUGCUAAUGGAAGACGUUUGUGGGUUGAAGCCAUCAUGAAGGACAAUGAGAAGAAAAACAUCUUAGCUGUCCAAACACUAAGAAACACAAUUAUGGGAGCAACCUUAAUGGCUACAACAUCAAUCCUUCUAUGUUCUGGUCUUGCAGCUGUAAUAAGCAGCACUUAUAGUGUCAAACAACCACUAAAUGAUGCAAUUUAUGGUGCUCAUGGUGAAUUCAUGGUGGCAUUAAAAUAUGUUACACUUUUACUAAUUUUCCUAUUCUCAUUCCUAUGUCACACAUUGUCAAUUAGGUUCAUUAACCAAGUCAAUUUCCUCAUCAAUUGUCCACAAGACAAUUUGGGAAUUGUGAGUCCAGAGUAUGUGUCUGAGUUGUUGGAAAAAGGAUUUGGUUUGAACACUGUGGGGAAUAGGUUGUUUUAUGCAGCUUUGCCACUUUUGCUUUGGAUAUUUGGUCCUGUUUUAGUGUUCUUGUGUUUUGUUACUAUGGUACCUAUGUUUUAUAAUCUUGAUUUUGUGUGUUCUAAUCAAGAAAAAGGGAAAAUAGAGUACCCUUGUGAGAAUGGGUGUAAUAGUGGUAGUGAUCAAUUUGUGGUUGUGUAAGAAAUGAUAUACUAUGUAUUAUUAUCAAUAUAAAUAUAUAAUUGAACUUUAUCCAAUUUAUAUUA